CAAAGGCUGCAAAAUAUCAACCUAACAAAAAAAAGUAUAGGAAAUCCUGAACAUAAGACUUUAAUCCAAAUUAUAAGCAGACACAUGUUGCACGAAUCUGUGCAGUCACCAUCUCUUACCAGCCAUUAAAUUCAAUUUCCCUAAUUUCCUCUGUAGACUCUGAGGGAAAACGCUCUCACUCUGCUGCAGUUAAAUAGAGCUUCAGAUUGCAUGUAACAGGCUGCAGUGCACGACUCACUUUUUCCGACGACUUCAUUCAGGCAGCACCAGCGUGUUGGAGGACUCCGUUUUCUUCGUCGCUGGGGUUUCUUUGAAAGGUUAGAGAUGCUUCAGGGGGCAGACAGCAGGACUGUGCUCUGUCUGUCCUGCUGCCUCCUCUUAGGGUUGUUCUUCCCAGCAGAGGGAGCAGGACCAACAGGUCCCACGCCUACUCUUCCUCCUGAAGAAGAGUCUGGAGAAUCCGACUUUGAGGACUGGGAGUUGGGCUCUGGAUCAUCUCUUCUGCACCUGCUCCACAGCUUUCCUGCUGACAGCCCCUUCAUAAAAGAGACCCAGGGAAAACCAGUUAACUGCACCCAGCACUUCCGGCUUCCAACAUCCUCUCCGGUCUGCUGGGAAAACAUGGCCGAUCCGAAGGAGUUUGCCAAGUGUCGUCUGCUUGUUCUGCAGAACAGGGCCGCGCUGCAAGCCGUGUCCUCCUCCAGUGGGGUGGAGGAAGGAGGGACCUCCUAUGAUCACCAAGCCAGAGAGGAAGUCCAGGGAGUCCGCUCAGAUCACCAGAGUAUGGAAGAAACUGUGCAGAUCAUGGAGGAUGUGUUUGUCUCGCUGGAAGAGAAGAGGAAAGACGGCAAGGAGCAGGGAAUGCUAACAAGCAUGAAGGAGUAUCUUUCCAACACAAGAAACACCAUCAAUGUCAGAGAGCAUAUGGCAAACCACCUGGAGAAGCAGUUUUCCACUUUAGAGAAGAAUCUGCUAAAUAUGCAGCUGCGACUCAAUAAACUCAUCCAACAGUGACAACUUUAUGGACCUGCUGCUACUUUUCCUUCCUUUUUGAACUGUAUUUCAAUGCUAAAUACAUGCAUGCAUUCUCAGGAUUAUAUACAUUUGCCGUAGGAUGAUAAAACACACUCAGUAUACACAACCAUGUCGUCACUACCAUGCCAACAAUAGUAAAAAGUGUAAUCUGGAAUUUGCAGAGAUUAAUAAACAUCAUAGUAAAAAGUGUAAUCUGGAAUUUGCAGAGAUUAAUAAACAUCCUAUCACCAGGGA